UAAAGUGCUGUGGCAGUUUGGGGACAGAGAGGUGAUUUCUGCAAGGCUUGCUCUAGAAGAACCUUCCCAAAGUAUCAUACGAGAUGACUGAUGUGUGGAUAGUACUUGGACAAGUAGGAAUGACGAGGAAGCCAUUCAAGGCACAAAUGGAUGGUGUGGGGCUCCUGAGAGCUCAGUGGAGUUAUCCUAUAGGUAGUAAGGCAUUCUAUUUGUCAGAAAUGAAUGGGUGGACUUACGCUUAUUCUUUUAAUAAUAUCACAGUUCCAUAUGAUCCAAUACUGAGGGUCUCACCUUCCUCCUAAAUGGGCAUGAAGAUGUGUCAGGAAGGAAGAGUACGGGGAAAGAUCCUGCUCAAGUAGAGCUGAACAAAUCAUCUUUAAGUUCCUUCUCUUCAAAAGGCUCAGAUCACCAAAGUAUCCUUACAGCAGACAGAGAGAGAGAAAAGGAUUUGCUUCUUAAGAUAUCUGAGGUGACACUGAACAUGGCUUCUUCCCUAGUAAAUCCCUGUGUAACUAAAUCAUCUUUUUUAUCCCAAGGUCCAACCACCUUUGAAGCAUGAGUUCCCAGCAGCAGAAGAAGCCCUGCACCCUAACCCCUCAGCUUCAGCAGCAGCAGGUGAAACAGCCUUGCCAGCCUCCACCCCAGGAACCACGUGUCCCCCAAACCAAGGAGCCCUGCCACCCUAAGGUGCCCAAACCCUGCCACCCCACAGUGCCUGAGCCCUGCCACCCCAAGGUUCCUGAGCCCUGCCACCCCAAGGUGCCUGAGCCCUGCCCCUCAAAGGUCACUCCAGCACCAGCCCAGCAGAAGACCAAGCAGAAGUAA